AUGAAGGACUCAAAGCUCUCAACAGAAACGAGGAUUCUCAUGAAGAAAAGACGGAUGAUGAAGAAAACGGAGGUAAACAACAACAGGGACAUCAGAAACAACAUCGAAUAUGCAGAACUGGAUAAGACCAUCAAGAAGAAGGCAAGGGAAGACAUCAGGAAGCAGAACAUGAAGAAGAUAGCAGAGACCAUCGAAAAUGGAAAGAGCAUGAAAAGAGCAAAGAGAUCCUUUCAACUAGGGCAGGAUAGAAUGCUGACUCUUCUAGACAAAGAUGAAAAUGAGCUCACCACACAAAACCAAAUAUUAGAACGAGUAGAAGAAUUCUAUUGA